GUGUCUCAGGGUUGAACGCCACAGAUUGGGGCACCGCUCUGGAGUGUAGAAAGGGCGCUGAGGGGGAAAUACUCUAAUUCUCUUUACUUUUCUUGGAUGCGUCUGGCACAGGCCCGUCAAUAUGUACUAAAAGAUCACUUGGAAACUGUGAAAACAAAGCUCCACAUUGGUUGAUAUUUGAGAGACAGAACCCCAACCGGAUUACAGUUGGUGUCGGGGAAAGAAUCGACCAGUAAGUGACAUUACUCAGCAGUUUGGAGGCGGGGAAUAUAGCCUCAGUGGCUUGAAGAAGAGUGCCAGUGCGGAAUGUAUGUUGACGGUCGCUCCUUGGGACCAAAGAGAGAACCUUAUACAGUACAUAAGUGGGCAGCCCAACUCCAGUGAGGGAGCAACUACAUGCCGGUGGCCUGCCUAUGGUGAGGUGAGGCUGGCAAACUAGCAGAGAUGGAUGUGUUUGGUGGUGCCCCACGUUUCCUGGCCUACCCUCGCCCCAUAGUAGUGCAGAGUGGCACUGAUGCUGUCCUGAAGUGUCAGAUCGGCGGGGACCCCAGGCCAGCGGUCAUCUGGGAGCGAAACAACGAACAGAUCCACCCAGAGGGUCGCUACCGUCUCUUCGAGGAUGGAAAUGUCUACAAUCUCAUAAUUUCAUCGGUGACCACAGAGGAUAGCGGCCAGUACACAUGCAAGGCCAAGAACAGCAUCGGGGAAACAUAUGCCGCGGCGACCCUGAAGGUGGAGGGUGAGGCCCAAGAGAUGGAGCUCCGGGAGGAGAACAAGCCUCGUUUCCUGAUCAAGCCCCUCUCCACCCGGGUGGGCCGCGGCGAAGACGCCGUCUUCUCCUGUAAGCUGUGGGGAAACCCGCGGCCAGAGGUGGUCUGGGAAAAGGACGGGAGAAAACUCAAUGAGAUAUUUGAGAGUACACAUUUCAAUGUGGGCUACCAGGACGGGGGAUGGUUCCAGCUUAAAAUCUUCAAGACUCGUGCACCCGACGGUGGAGUGUACACAUGCAAGGCCAGAAAUGAGUUUGGAGAGGGGCUGGCUGGAGCCGUGUUGCUCGUCGAUGCAGGGCCGGGUCACGAGGAAGAGGGAAACCGUAACGGUUACACAAAUGGCCACUGGAAAGGCCAUCAAGGCAAACAGCGGAGUGGUAGGCAGCUGACCACACGGCUCAAAGACGACCCAGUGACCAACCAAGCCAAGCAAGUGAAAAUGUUUGCCGUGACAGAGGGCAAGCAUGCCAAAUUCCGCUGCUUUGUGACUGGGAAGCCCAAACCAGAAAUAAUAUGGAGGAAAGAUGGCAGGCUGAUCAUGUCCGGAAGACGGUACCUGUUAUAUGAAGACAGGGAGGGCUACUUCACACUUAAAGUGCUGUAUUGUAAGCAACAGGACAAUGGGGUUUAUGUUUGCGCUGCAUCCAACACUGCAGGACAAACCCUCAGUGCUGUACAUCUCUCUGUGAAAGAGCCGCCUGUGCGGUUUAAGCAGCCCCUCAUUGAUCUGGAGGUGUGGGAACGGGACCUGGCUGUUCUGGAGUGUGAGGUUCCUGAGGACUCUGUUCCCAUCACAUGGUAUUUGGAGGACAGGCGGCUACAGCCAGGGGCCAAAUAUGGGAUGGAAGAGUGGGGAACAAAACGACGUCUCACUAUUCGUGACAUCGGAGUCGACGACGAUGGGAUUUAUCUUUGCGAGAUGGCGGAUGGGGGGAGGAGUAUUGCUGAGGUGGCAGUUAAAGGCACAAUCGUGCGUAAGCUUCCACGUAAGGUGGAUGUUUUGGAGGGGGAAAAUGCUGCCUUCUGUGUUGAAGUGGAGGAGGAGGAAAUGGACAUACACUGGUACAAAGAGGGGACGGAGCUGCGUGAGACUCAUCAGACCAUCCUGAAGUCCUUUGGAAAAACUCACAUUCUGGUUUUUGUCAACACAACGCCCCAGGAUUCUGGCCUUGUGACCUUCUUUGUGGGAAGAUCCAAAACCUCCUCUCAGCUGAGGGUAAAAGCGGCCAGGCAUAGCCCACCCAGCUGUCCAGUGGGUGUGCAAAUCAACACAGAGCGUGCCAACGCUGCCCUCCUCUCCUGGGUUCCGGCACAGGACACCCGGAAGAACCCCCCAUCGGGUUACGUGUUGGAGAGGCAAGAGGUGGGCACCGGUUCUCAGGAGUGGCUGCAAUGCUUGACCACCGACUCGGCCACCUCAGUGGAGAUUCUUGGUGACAGCGUACCCUGCGAGGCAGAUUAUCGCUUUCGCAUAUGCAGUGUCAACAAGUAUGGCAGGAGCAACAAUGUGGAGUUUCCAAGGGCAGUUCACCUGGUCCCUGUGACCAGAAUACAAGCCCCUCUGCAGGAUGCCUUGGUGCCAGAAGGCCAGGAUGCCUGCUUCUCAAUUGAGCUCACUGCCUCAGUUAUUGGCUCAUGGUUCUUGAAUGGCACUCAGCUUCUGGAGGAUGACCGUUACUCCAUGCGGCGGUCUCGAACGCACCAAUCCCUACGCAUACAAGGUGUACGAGACACCGACAACGGGGCCGAGAUCACAUUCAUUGCCUAUGGAAUACGAGAUUCAGCAGCACUCUAUAUUCAAGCUCCUCUAGUGAAGUUCACACCACUGUCAGAGAUGGAUCGUAAUAAAUUUGUUGAACUUGGCAACCCCAUUGUACUCUACUGCGAGUUGUCAGACCCCGCAGUUCCAGUACACUGGUACAAGAAUGGGGUGGAGGUACACACAGUCGAGGGUCUUCAUAUUCAGUCAGAAGGCACAAUGAGGAGAAUUGUCAUCCAAUCGUCAGAGUUCUCCCAUUCCGGAGUGUAUUGCUGUGAUGCCAUUGAUGAUGUCAUAAGGUUCAACGUGGAAGUUGAGGCUCCACCUGUGAGGUUUUCAGCACUUCCAGAAGCUGAGAUGAACAAGUCCAUUGAAGCAGGCUGCCCCAUUAUACUGCAAUGUGAGCUCUCAGAUCCAACUGCCCAGGUCUACUGGUACAAGGAUGGAACAAAGCUCCUACCUCAAAGUGGAAUAGAAAUCCAGUCAGAUGGCAUCACAAGGACACUAGUCGUCCAGUCAGCAGAGAUAUUCUACUCUGGGUCGUACAGCUGCAAGACAAAGGGUGAUGCCAUCAAGUUCAAUGUGGACGUCAAAGUUCCGCCUAUGAGGUUCUCAGUACUUCCAGAAGCUGAGAGGAACAUGGUCAUUGAAGCAGGCUGCCCCAUUGUACUGAAAUGUGAGCUCUCAGAUCCAACUGCCCAGGUCUACUGGUACAAGGAUGGAAUACAGCUCUUUUCAAACCAUGAACUAGACAUCCAAUCAGAAGGCAACAUGAGGAUGUUGGUUGUUCAGUCAGCAGAACUGACUCACUCUGGCACUUACAGUUGUACCACAGUGGAUGAUACCAUGGAGUUCCAUGUGGAUAUCAAAGCUGUGCCAGUGACCUUCUCAGCUAUCUUUGAUGUUGAGAAGACCAAGUCGGUUGAAGCAGGCUGCCCUUUUCAACUGCAAUGUGAGGUUACAGAUCCCACUGCCCAGGUCUACUGGUGCAAGGAUGGGGAAAAGCUCCUCCCACAGACUGGAAUGGAUAUCAAAUCUAAUGGCACCAUGAGGAGGCUCAUUGUCCAAUCAGCAGAGGUCUUUCACUCAGGGCUGUACAACUGUGAAACUUCUGACGACACUCUCCAGUUUACUGUGGAUAUCAAAGCUCCACCAGUGAAGUUCUUACCUUCACCAGAGGUUGUGAAGAGCCAGCCGUUUAAAGCAACCUGCCCCAUUGACCUACCCUGUGAGAUCUCAGACCCCAUUGCCCAGGUGUCACGGCAGAAGGACAAAGUAGAGCUCAUCUCUGACACUGGACCUUUCGAAAUGGGGGGCAUCAGGAGGAACCUGGUUGUCGAACCGGCACACCCCUCCAACUCUGGGGCGUAUUAUUGUGCUACAGCGGAAGAUGUUGCCCUGUUAAUUGUACAGAACCAAGCUCCGCCCAUGACAUACUUGGUGGCCCCUGAAGUUGAGAAGAACAAGUCCAUAGAAGCAGGCCUCUCAAUUGUACAACAGUUUGAGAUUUCAGACCCCAUUGCCCAGGUCUGCUGGGACAAAGAUGGAACACAGAUCUACCCACAUAGUGGACUUGACAGACAAUCAAAGGGCAGCAUAAGGACUUUGUUCAUCCAACCAGAUGACAUGUCCUGUGGUGGGAGGUUUGACUGCCAAACAACUGGCGAUUCCACACAAUUUAAUGUGGCCAUCAAAGCAGAGCUGUCUCACCCUGGCAGUGAGAAGGGUGAGAUAUCUGAUGAGUCUUCCCAAUACACUAUGGAUAUCAAAGCUGCACCUGUGAGGGUCUCAGCUGACCAAGCGAUUGAGAAGAACAAGUCCAUUGAAGAGGUCUGCCCCAUUGAGGUUCACUGUGAGCCCUUGGACUCUACUGUCCAGAUCCUCCACUACAAGUACGGUCAACAUCUUCAAACAUAUGGAAUAUAUUCCACGGAGACGCCAAGUCUCCAAUCUGUGGAGCACUUUUCCAUAGAGACACCAACUGUCCAAUCAGCAGAACACUAUUCAAUAGAGACAGCAACUCUCCAUUCACCAGAGCUCUAUGGCUCCAUGGAGACAGCAACCUUCCAAUUAGCAGAGCUAUAUGGCUCCAUGCAGACACCAACUCACCAAUCAGCAGAGGUCUGUGGCUCCAUGCAGACACUAACUCUCCAGUCUGCAGAGCUCUAUGAUUCUAUGCAGACACAAACUCUUCAAUCAGCGGAGCUCUAUGGCUCCAUACAUACACCAACUCACCAAUCAGCAGAGGUCUGUGGCUCCAUGCAGACACCAACUCUCCAGUCUGCAGAGCUCUAUGAUUCUAUCCAGACACAAACUCUUCAAUCAGCAGAGCUCUAUAGCUCCAUACAUACACCAACUCACCAAUCAGCAGAGGUCUGUGGCUCCAUACAGACACCAACUCUCCAGUCUGCAGACAUCUAUGAAUCUAUGCAGACACAAACUCUUCAAUCAGUAGAGCUCUAUGGCUCCAUACAUACACCAACUCACCAAUCAGCAGAGGUAUGUGGUUCCACGCAAACACCAACUUUCCACCCAACAGAGGUCUGUGGCUCAAUACAGACACCAACGCUCCAAUCAGCAGAGCUCUGCUGCUCAAUGAAGCCACCAACUCUCCAAUCAGCAGAGCUCUAUACCUCCAUGAAGACACCAACUCUUCAACCAGCAGAGCUCUAUCAAUUAGGAGAAUGUGACAGUCAAUUGGAUGACGAUGACAUUGCAUUUAAGGUGGAUGUUGAAGCACCUCCUGUGAGGAUCACAACACCUUGUGAAGCUGAGAGGAACAAGUCCGUCGCAGCAGGUGGUCCCAUUGUCCUGCGUUGUGAGAUAUCAGACCCAAAUGCACACGUUUCCUGGUACAAGGACGGAAUGCUGCUACAUGAAGAGAAUGGACUAGAAAUGCAAUCGAAAGGUUCCAUAAGGACAUUGGAUGUGGAAUCUGCAAGGCUGUCUGAUUCAGGGAGCUACAGCUGUAAGACAACAGAUGAUACAAUGCAGUUUCAUGUGGAUGUGAAAGCUCCACCUCCGAAGUUUUCAGCAAUUUCUGAAGCUGACAAGAAAAAGUACAUCAAAUCAGGCUACCCUAUUGUACUGCAAUGUGAGCUCUCAGAUCCUACCAUCAAGGUGUACUGGUACAAGGAUGGAACAAAGCUCCUAACCCAAAGUGGAGUAGACAUACAAUCAGAUGGAACUAUGAGAACUCUAGUUAUCCAAUCAGCAGAGCUGUCUCACUCUGGAGUGUACCGUUGCGAGACAAUGGGGGAUGGCCUCCAAUUCACUGUGGAAGUAAAAGCUCCACCUGUGAGGUUCUCAGCACUUCCAGAAGCUGAAAGGAACAAGUUCAUUGAAGAUGGCUGCCCCAUUAUACUGCAAUGUGAGCUCUCAGAUCCAACUGCCCAGGUCUACUGGUACAAGGAUGGAACGAAGCUCCUAUCUCAAAGUGGAAUGGAAAUCCAGUCCGAUGGCAUCAAAAGGACACUACUCAUCCAAUCAGCUGAAAUAUCACAUGGUGGAACAUAUGAGUGCUCAACAGCAGGUGAUACCAUCACAUUUAAAGUGGAGAUCAAAGCUCCAUCACAGAAGAUCAUGCCACUUUCACCAAUGGAGCGGAACAAGUCUGUAGAAAUUGGCACUCCCAUUGUACUGCAGUGUGAGCUCUCAGAUCCUCUAGCCCAGGUCUGCUGGUCUAAAGAUGAAAUGAAACUAUUUCCCAAAACUGGCCUCGAUAUCCAAAGUGAAGCCAAUGUGAAGAGACUAGUAAUUCACUCUGCGGAGCUCUCUGACUCUGGGCUCUACUGCUGUAGUCUUGCUGACGAUGCAAUGACAUUCAAGGUGGAUGUUCAAGCUCUUCCCGUGAGGUUUUCAGCACUUCCAGAAGUUGUGAGGAACAAGUUCAUUGAAGCAGGCUGCCCCAUUGUUCUACAAUGUGAGCUCUCAGAUCCAACUGCCCAGGUGUUCUGGUACAAGGAUGGAACAAAGCUCCUCCCAGACAAUGGAGUCGACAUCCAAUCAGAGGGCGCUUUGAGGGCUGUGAUCCUCCAAUCAGCAGAGCUCAGUCACUCUGGGGUGUACAGCUGUGAGGCUUUAGAUGACUGCAUAGCAUUCAAGGUGGAUGUUGCAGCACCUAUAGCUCCACCAGUGAGGUUCUCAGCUGCCCCAGAGGUUGAGAGGAACAAGUCCAUUGAAGCAGGCUGUCCUAUUGUACUGCAAUGUGAGCUCUCAGACCCCAGUGGACAGAUCUGCUGGUACAAGGAUGGAAUAAAGCUCCUCCCACAAUAUGGAAUACACAUCCAAUCAGAGGGCACCAUGAGGACCCUGGUUAUCCAAUCAGCCACAUUUUCAAGCUCUGGGGUGUACAGUUGUAAAACAGCAGAUGAUAUCAGCGAAUUCUAUGUGGAUGUGAAAGCACCUCCGGUGACGUUUGUUGAUAUCCCUGAGGAAGACCUCUUCAAAAGUGUUGUGGAACAGGAUCUUCUUGUUAUGUCCUGUGAGGUUUCCAGGGUUGACGCCAUUGUCCAGUGGUACAAAGAUGGGGUUGAAAUGCAGUCUAGUGACAACAUUGCUGUACAAGCAGAUUGCACUGUUAGGAUGCUGACCAUCCAGUCAGCUCAGCUGUCAGACUCUGGGACAUACACAUGUCGUGCCGGAGACAGAGCUUUAAUGUUCAAGGUUAACAUACGAGAGCCACCAGUGAUGAUUGUAUACCCUAAAGAAGAUGUCCACCUUGAUCGGCAUGUGCCGGAGGAGAUCAUUCUCAGCUGUGAACUCUCACGUCUAAAUGGUGUCGUAAACUGGUUCAAGGAUGGGCAAAAGUUACAAGAAAGCGAAAACAUUAAACUUAAGAUUGAGGGCCCUUACAGGCGACUGAAGAUUCUUUGUAGUGGAGUCGAAGACUCUGGCGAAUAUGUCUGUGACACGGCUGAUGAUUCAAUAUUCUUUCAUCUCAGCAUAACAGAGCCUCCAGUACAAAUUAUAUCUCCAAGUCAGUCGCAAAUGGAGCUCUGCCAGCAAACAUCUGAGAGGAUGGUGUUGAGCUGUGAGAUCUCAAGGCCCAAUGCUGUGGUGCGCUGGUAUAGGGACGGGCUUGAGGUGGAGGAAAAUGACAACCUCAUCUUAGAGGUGGAUGGGGUCUACAGGAGACUCAUUAUACCUGAGACCACAGUCAAAGAUUCAGCCGAAUAUGUGUGCGACACGGCUGAUGACAACAUGACGUUCUUUGUCAACAUUGCAGAUCCUCCUGUCCGUUUCGUACGCCCAAGAAAGAUGGCAAGUCGGGUCGAGAUGUUUGUUGGAGAUUCUUUGGUUCUUGACUGUGAGGUGUCCAGAUCAAAUGCCACUGUAAGCUGGAAGAAGAAUGGGGAGGAAAUGGAAGAGAGCAGCAAUGUUACCGUUAUUGAGGAUGGCGUCAUGCGGCAAUUAACCAUCCACUCCAUGACAUUGGAGGACGCUGGGCAAUAUGUCUGUGACGCCAAGGAUGAUGUGAUGGACUUCCAGGUCAAGAUCAAAGAGACACCUGUAAAGAUCCUGAGCAAAAACGAUGUGAAUACUCAAAAGCAGUUCUUUGCAUCAGAUGACAUUGUCUUAGGGUGUGAGCUUUCAAGAGCCAACUGCAUGGUCGUCUGGUACAAAGACAACAAAAAAAUCGAUGACAAUGAGCGCUACUGUAGUGAGGAGCAGGGUGUUUUCCGUUCACUGGUGGUUUUAAAUGCUGAGAUCGACGACUCUGGAGAGUACACCUGUGAUGCCGGGGAUGAUAAGAUGGUGUUCUGUAUCACCGUGAAAGAACCCCCUGUGACCAUCAUUGGCAACUCGGGUAACCCAGAACAUCAUAGCCUGGUCGCAGGCGACAAACUCAUCUUGGAGUGUGAGAUAUCUUGUCCGAAUGCCACUGUCCAGUGGCUUUGGAAUGGAAAGUUACUGAGUUCAGAUGCUCGCACUCACAUAGACAGUGACGGUGCCACCAGGAAACUUGUUUUGUCAGGACUUCAGCCCUCGGACUCUGGAGAGUACAUAUUGGAUGCCAUCAAUGACAAAAUGGUAACCAUAGUUGAGGUCCAAGAGCCCCCAGUCCAGUUUGUGAACAAACAAGCCAGAACCACCAUCUCUGGCUACGAAAAUGAAAGUGUGACACUGUGUGCCAUGGUGAACCAGGAGCAAGCCUAUGUGCGAUGGCUUAAAGAUGGUGAACUAUUGAAUGGGGAUAAUAUUCACAUCUCCAGUGUGGGUAAAAUGCACACCCUCACCAUCAACCCCCUGAAACUAUCAGAUAGUGGAGGGUUUGUCUGUAACAUCAACACGGAUGAAAUGUAUUUCAUUGUCCAGGUCAAAGAAAUGAAAGUGAAAUUCUCCAGACCUCUGCAGAAUAUCGUAGCCCUGAAGGACAGUACCCUUACGCUGAGGUGUGAGGUCAACAAACCUAAAGGAGAUGUUCAGUGGCUCAAAGAUGGCCAGGAGAUUAAGCCCAGCCGUCGACAUACGAUAAGGGCACAGGGUCGGGAGCGAAGCAUCACUAUCCACCAGCUAAUGCUAGACAAUGCUGGGGAAUAUGCCUGUGAAUCCACAGACGAUAAGACUUUUGCCACUGUCAGCGUAGAAAUGCCUCCACCUACUGUCGAGAUUAUCGCAGAGCUACACAACAUCACUGUACUGGAGGGGGAAGAUGCUACAUUUAAGUGUAUGGUUUCGCCAGAGGACACACAGCUAGUGUGGAGCCUGAACGGCCGGCCUAUAGCUCCAGAUGAGAGGUUUGUCAUUUCAAGUAAUGGACUGUGCCACAUGCUGUGCAUUUACAACUGCCAGGUCUCAGACUGCGCCACGGUGACUGCCGAGGCACAAGGGCUGGUGUCUGAAGCAAACCUCCAGGUUCAAGAACAACAAGUGUUGUUCACCAAAAACAUGGUGCCCGUUGUGGCUGAGCAAUUCGGGGAAGCUACCCUGGAGGUGGAGGUGGGUCUCGACUCUGGAGAGGUGCAAUGGAUGAGGCAGGGUGUAGUCAUCCACCCGGGGCCGAAGUUCACCCUGAAGCAAAAGUGCCAGCGAAGGAGCCUCACCAUCCACAAGCUCGCCCUUUCUGACCGGGGCACCUACAGUUGCGAAACUCUCCACGACCGCACGCAAGCCCAACUCAUCGUGGAACCCAGAAAAAUUACAAUUCGGAGAGGACUCACUGACAUCCAAACCAUUCAACGUGAAACAGCAUCUUUCGAGGUGGAGCUGUCUCACAGCAAUGUAGAAGCCACUUGGCUAAAAGAUGGGAACCAGCUAAAGCCCAACAACCACUGGCGCAUGAGUGCCAAAGGGUGUGUCCACAGCCUCACCAUCUCCAACCUCACCUUGGACGACACAGGCACAUUUGUGUUAUCUGCGGAAAAUGUGAAAUCAUCUGCAAGGCUCAUUGUUAAAGAGCCACCAGUGACAGUCAUUAAAAAACUGGAGGACUUGCGCUUUCCAGAAGCAGCUAUGGCAUCAAUGGAUUGUGAGCUAUCAAGGCCUCAUGUUGAAGUGAAAUGGAUGAAGAAUGGGAUCGAGGUGAAACCACGCAAGGAUUUGCGUAUUUAUGCUAUGGGAAGAAAACACUACUUCCAAAUCCUGAAGUGUGAAGUCAGUGAUUCUGGCACAUACUCAUGUGACGCUGGAGACUCCAGUACAUCCUGCAAUAUAGCGGUCUACGAACGGGAGCUGUUGGUCCUGCAAGGCCUGGAGGACCUGGACAUACAGGAAGACCAGAAUGCUGUGUUUGUAGUUGAGAUCUCCCUGGAGGAUGUGCCUGGAGAGUGGUUCAAAAAUGGAGUGAGAAUUACACCAACCAGCACCAUCAAGAUCCGCCAGGAAGGGACCAAGCAUUUUCUUCUAAUGUGCAACGUGAGAGGAGAGGACUCCGGAGAGAUCAAGUUUGUCGCCAAACACGUGGAAUGCACAGCCUAUCUGGAGGUGGAGGAGCUUCCAUUGAACAUAACGAACCCUCUCCAGGACAAGGUAGCUCUUGAGAGGAGUCGUGCGAUCAUGGACUGCUCAGUAUCCAACCCUCGGUGCAGUAUCCGCUGGUACAAAGGCAGCAAUGUCAUCCUGCCCUCAGAGCGCUUUGAGAUCUGCAGUGAGGGCUGCUAUCGCAAGCUGGUCAUUCAACAGGUGGCACUGGACGAUGAGGGAACUUACAGUGUGCAGGUUGGAGAGCACACAUGCUCUGCAAAACUGACUGUAGAAGCCCAGUCUCUCCUGAUGGUGAGGGAACUGAAGAGCGUGGAGGUGGUUGCCCCGGAUGAGGCCUGCUUCGAGUGUGAAGUCUCGGUCCCCGUCCUCAAAGCCCCCGUGUGGAGCCUGAAGGGGGAGGCCCUGCAGCAGGGGCCCAAAGUCAGCCUAGAGAAGAUGGGCAUGGUCCACCGCCUCACCCUCCGACAGACCUCUGUUGACAUGAACGGCUUGGUGGAGUUCACAUCGGGAAAAGCCAAGAGCAGCGCCGAGCUCCACGUCAAGAGUGAUCCUUGACAGACGCAGUAUCGUCGUGAUGCAGUGUCAACAUCAGAAUGAGAUGGAUCGAUAUUUUAUUCACCAAUUUAUUUGUGUUCAUAUUUGUCAUGUGAAAUUGGAAUGUAUGGAAUAGAAUUGUAAGAUAUAUUCCUGUCUUUAAAAAGGGGGUGAAUAUUUUGUCAAAAUUAACAAUAAGUUAUUGAAAUAUUUUGUAUAAUUAUUUCCCAAUGCAGAUACCCCUAUUCACUUGAAACAAUGUCCUCUAAAGAGGCUCUUGGUAAAUAUCAACCAACAUAAGUACAGAGUUGACUAAAUUGUCUCUCUGAAUACGAGCAAGUAAUUCAUCCAUAAAAUGACAUGUAAUAUAAACAUUUUAUGUAAUAUAAAAAUGUGUUCUGAAGUCAAUCGUAAAAUACAGUUGGAGAAUGCAAUUGAUUACAGGCGUGGGACCGAAUCCUAACUUGAGAUCCAUGUUUGAGUGGCAUUUGCUUGCAAAUCUCACAUAGAUAUGAAUGCAUGCUUUAUGCAAAUGUCUGAGUUGUGCACUGGCAUACUAUGUCAGAAUUUGGGCCAUAAUGGUUACUUAUAGCAAGUAUUGAGAAACUGAAAGUUGUUUAGAAGUGACGAAUCCUAAUGAGCUACCAACUUUUUCACAUAAAUCUCCCUUUGACAUCAAUGCAUUUAUCUAGAACUUUGAGAUACACAUUUUUCUCAAGUUAGGAUUCAGUCCUAAGUUUAAAAAGGUUCUUAAAAGGUUCCAUUAGUUCUAUUUACUCUAAGUGUCCAUUUAGUCAGUCAGUCAAGCUGUUUGAGGAACAGCGCCGUUCUCGCUCUCAAAUUUCUUUAUCAUCAUUACUUAUAAUUGCAUAAUUUCAUUUGUAUUUUUCAUCACGUGUCCACUGUAUAGACAUCGUUUUUUACAUUUUGAAGUUGUUUUGUGGAGGCAGAAAUUCAAGCUACUAUGAAGAAUGGGUUCUGUCAAGUAGUAUUGGCUUGUAAUAUAAAUACAUUGGGCCAAAAUUGGUUAAUUUAGAAAGGUAGUUAAUAUUGAUCAUUUUAUUAGAUUAUAUUCAAGUUUAAAUGCAGAGUUACCUGAAUAACAUAUAUUGUAUUGAAUAAUUAAUGAAUAUGGUUUUCAUAUGAAGUGAAGUCAGUUCCAUAUUCUUUUUUCUUUUCAAUUUAAUUUGUUUCCAACACCCCCCACAAUGUAUUGAUAAGCUCCAUUAGUGUAUGCAGGAAUAAUUGUAAUGGGAUAUUACCUCUUUCAAUAAAUCAUGCUUUAUUAUGGUAAA